GGCAACAGGAUCAGAGCCUGGGAGUUGUCUGCCGCUAGGUCUGCUCCCAUUUUAUCGCAUUUCUUCACUAGAUGGUGUGCAAGCCACUGGAGAGUAGGCUGCACUUACUAGCGCACAGUAGGCUACGGCUCCAACAAAACAAACCUGGAAAACUACAUUAUACGACGCGCCAUUUCUUUAGGCUUUUGAGGAGGAAACUGUGGGAAUAAAAGCUUUGCUUUAAGGUUUUCAUGCGACUUGGAUAAUAUUCAAUCCAGCUGUGAUGGACAUAAUGAUUGCGGUGCAGGAUGUGUGUGUCUCCAGUCAAUGGCUUACCGCUAUAAUUCUCAGUCUGUGCUGCUUUUUGCCUUCGUGCUUACCCGCUGGACAAACUGUGGACUAUGCAUCGAUUGAAAGUGUGGUCACCCGACAAGGCGAUACGGCUCUCCUGAGGUGCACUUCGGAUGGAAUCUCUAAAGGAGCUUGGUUGAACCGUUCCAGCAUCAUCUUCGCAGGGAAUGACAAGUGGUCCGUGGACCCCCGUGUGUCUAUCGUAUCGAGUGGGGGGGAGUACAGCCUGCAGAUACAGAAAGUGGACGUGACUGACGACGGCUUGUAUACCUGCUCUGUUCAGAGCGAGCGCAAUCCGAAGCCAAAGCAUCUUCAUCUAGUCGUUAAAGUUCCCCCCAAGAUCUAUGACAUUUCCUCUGACAUCACGGUAAACGAGGGCAGCAACGUGUCACUCAUCUGCACAGCCAGUGGGAAACCAGAUCCCACCAUCUCCUGGAGACACAUAACCCCAUUAGCCAGGAAGUAUGACAGUGGAGAAUAUCUAAACAUCACCGGUAUCACGAGGGACCAAGCAGGGGACUAUGAAUGCAGUGCAAUGAAUGACAUUGCCUCUCCUGACACCAAGACGGUGAAAGUCAUAGUCAAAUUUGCCCCAGCCAUCCACGAGAUGAAAAGCCAUGGAGUCGGCCUGGGACGCACAGCUCUGCUGAGGUGUGAGGCUGCAGCUGUACCCACACCAUCAUUUGAGUGGUACAAGGGAGAGAAAAGGAUUAACAAGGGACAGGGGAUUGACAUCAAGAACCUCAGCUCCAGAUCAGUCCUCACAGUGACCAACAUGACAGAGGAUCGCUAUGGUAACUACACGUGUGUCGCUGCCAACAUCCUGGGAAGGGCCAACGCCAGUGUGCCUCUCAUCCCAAUUAUUGAACCCACCGCAACUAGUGCUGUCUCCCGCUCAGCGCCAAACACUGCGCCGUAUGGGAGUACAGGAAGAGCGGAAGUCCUGCUGGCCUGUCGGUACCUGAUCCUGGCUCUCUCCUCCUUCAUCAGUGUGUACUAGUGGAAGGGCAGCCAUACACAAUGACUGUAAAGAGCCCUUCAAGCAUUUAUGAAUCCUUUGACAAUGCUCAUGUCUGGAUCAAAUCUGGUACAGUUUGUUGAAAGCAGUGUGGGAUAUAAUCAGCAUUACUUAUGUGGGGAUGAUCGUUUUAUUUCUGUGGAAUUUCUCAUCAUGUAAAUACUUAAAAAUCGUUCGUUUUUUUUAUUUUGAUUGUCCACUUUGUGAAUCAGUGCUCAUUGUCCCCUUUCAAAGACCAUGAAAGCUCCGAAAUGAGUUAUUUUAUUAUUCUCUCACCAGGAGGUGGUGAUGCGGAAAUUGACAUUUUCAUCUCAGUUUUUGUAAAUGGCUCAAAAGAUGCCAUUGUGUGUCCCUCAACACAUCAAUGCAUCAUUUCCAUACCAAUGUUGUGGCCAGUAUUGAAAGUAUACAAGGUUAAAAAGGAAAGCAUCAUUUUAGAUACCAUUCAUUACAAAUUAAGGUUAGAGCAUGGUAGAAUGAUGACAUAUUUUGAGAUGUGCUAUUAUAAUAAUACAAUAGCUGAAAUGCUACACACUAGACACUGGAAAGGGAACAUUUCAGACAUAUUUGAUCUUGGCCAUAUUCUAUUUGAAUGCAGAGCCUUUCAUCACACCCCCAUAACAUGUUGUCUGUCCCAAAGAAUUUUUCCUUUUUUGACUAUUGGAAUAAUAAUCUUUCUUUUCAGGCAGGGGUCCUAAAUAUAUGAUAUAUACUUGACACUCAUAUUUGACCAGGCAGUGAACAGAGUAGCAAGUGUUUACGUUAGUACUGGUAACAUACUGUAGUCUGGGGGGGGGGUAAUUUAAUUUACAUAAUUACCAUUUCAUCAGAAAACAGCUCACUCAUUUUCAAUACUGAAGGGAAGACAGUUUUCCUCUCUGAGGACAAUAAAGUUUAAGUUUACAGUUUUCAUUUGUAUUUCUAUGGUUUGAGAGAGAUGCGUUUACAAGUUUACAGAGGUCCUGAACAUGAAGGGAUACUUAGGUAUUAGUAAAGACCUUCCAAUAUAGUAAAGUUUAAGACAACAUUUAACGCUGACUAACUAUGGAUCUCGACAGAUGGAAAUAUUUUCCAUCCCGAAAUUUACAAAUAACAUUAGCCUUCUAAUUUAAGAUCAAACUUUUAAAUAACCAAGAUGGGAUUGGUAAAUGGAGGAUAAAGAGGAUUUAUGCAUUAUGAUGUGUUUCAGUUUGAGUUUUAUGUAUCAUAUCUUCCACAGGACAAGGGAAUUAUGUCUGCCAACUUCUUAAAACACAGAUUGGUCUAAUGAACAAAACGUGUACUAUAAAACCGGAGACAACAUAGCCAUCGAGAUAUAAAUCUGAAAGCACAAAUACUGUACUUGCUGUUAUUUUUGAUUGUGUAGUGUUUUGUUUUUUUAAAUAUAUAGUGAAGACAUUUUUGUUUUGGUUAAUUUUUUGUUUUUAUUAUUUUGUUUGUACUGGAAUUGUUUUCAGCCUGUUUUGUGGUAUAUGAAAAUACUGCACCAUAUAAUCUUGUUUAAAUGUAAGUAUGAUGCAAAAUGGGUCAGAAUUAUAUUUAUUAUCUUCCUUUGUGAAAACACUGUAAAAAACAACAACAAAAAAACGAUUUAAAACGUGAAUCUGGAUAUGUGAAAUUACUUCAAUGAAACACAGUAUGGCAUAGUUUAUAAUGUUGUCAAUUAAUUUAGAUGCCAUCACUGUUGUUGAUUCUUGUCAAAACAAUAGAUUAAAAAAGAGAUGUUUGCAAUCUAAUUAUCUACUUUUUGAAACUGAGGUGGUGUGAACCAAUAUAACAGUAUAAUAGAAAUGAGUCAAUUGUGUGUAUAUUUGGAGAAAAUAGGAUUCCUUUUGAUCUUAUUGGUAGAGCCGGUGUGUAGAUUAGGUUUCACACACUUGUUUGAUGAUGUGCAGAGAGUAUGAUUGUGCUGCAUGUCAAAAUUAACCUGUGUUUUAAGGUGGCCAGUUUACAAAUAAUCAAUACUUUUAUGGGUAAAACCAGUUUUAAGAAUGUUUCAGCUCUAUGACAAAAAAAAAAGAGCAUUGCAUACUAAAACUCACCAGGCUACAUCCAUUUGUGUUUUGUUUAACUCGAGUAUUUAUGUGACAAUACUGUGUUGCUAUUUUCAAGUCUUAGUAAGAGUGGCACAUUGGUGACAGCAUGGAGUGUGUUGGUUGCCUGUCUAAGCAGCUCAGAACAUGGAAUUAUUUCAUCAUGUGAAAUGUACUGUGUGUUCAUUAUUUUGAUUAUACAAUUUGGCAUUAACCAAGACCAUUUAUAUAGUCACUAUUAUUUGCAAUUUCCUGAUGUUUCCUGAUGUUAACAGACUUAAAAUUACACAUUUGAGUUAAAGAGCAACUGCCCCUAAAAACAAACUUCUCCUUUUAAAAACAGCCUAUGCGGUAUCGAUUUGAGUAAACAGGAUCAUUUUGGUCAUAAAGUCAGUCUUGUCCAAAACCGAGAUUUGCGAGAUGAUAGGAAAACAUUUUAUGUAACGGAAUGAAGGGUACCGUAACAGUUUUCCUUGGGUUGGGUUUAUUUCAACCCUGCCCACAGCUGGCAGCACUCAAGUAAUCAUCAAUUCAGAGUGCAGCUCCACACGGACCGAUCUUAAUGCCCAUGGUCAAUUUGGUUUGACAUUCGAUAUCCCUAUUGGGCAUUUCAAUAGCUCCGAAUUUCAAUAACUUAACCUGAAACCAACAAUAAAUUGUAGAAAUUCAUAUACAAAUAUUGAAAGCAUUCAAUGAGACUAAAAGGUGUCCAACAUAAAAAUAUUGUCCCAUUUACAUUCUGUCAUUUUUUUGACAGUCCCUAACUAGCCCCAAAGAUAGGCUAUCCACAGUCAAACCAACUCUGCCACAGUCCCACACCAGCCAGCUGAAGCUAAUUGGUGAAUGAAGUUGGCUAGCGAUAGCUAGCCUCGGCAAUUUCGAGUUACAAGACCUGGUUAGACUGUUUCAAGUUAUCUAGAACAGGGUUUUCCAAACUCGGUCCUGUGACCCCGCUGGGUGCAUAUUUUGAGUGAAUGUGCAAACACUUGCCACGUGUGAACACACAAAUUUUUUUUUCUUCACAAAAGUAGUGCUGUAUUAGCGGACCGAUAUAGCUGUCUGUAGCACAGGUAAACAAAAAAAUUAUAAUGAGCCCUCCCCCCUCCAUCUAUUGAGAUGUUUCCUAGACAGUGUUUGAUGCGGACACCACUGUGCCACAGUCCACUAUACCAAUCCAGGAUGCAUUUGGGUAAAAAGCUUGUGCUGUUUAAAUUAGACUAACAUACCUGGGUCAUGUUCAUUAGGGUACACAACAGAAAAAAAACACUUUAAAAUGUUUUGCAAUGGAAAACUAAAUUGAGUGUUUCUUAUUGGACAAGAAGGAACAGGGUUUCUUUUUUGACAAAGAGAUAAAUUAACAUGACUUUUCCACUCUAACUUUAAGAGGUGGGUCACAACAACAGUUGUAAUUUCAACAGAGGAUAAUCCAAAUCAGAGUACAUUUGAAAACCAAGGUUGUGUUUAUUAGGCUUGAACCAUGUUCAUUCCUCACUUUGUCAAAAAUGAGGCCCUGGCACACAUCUGCAGAGGUUAUCCCCCUGUGAAUAAGGUGACCUGUCUCUGUGCUAGCUGUUAACAGAAAAUCAUUCAGCUUUCACAUUUCAGAUAAGAGGAUAUUUAAGUAUUCAUGCAAUUACGACCAGGCCAAGCUCUGACUUUUCCCUUGAGUUUUACCACUGCAGUAUUGGGGACGACUUCAAAGAGUGCUCUUCAACUCACCUGAUAUUGUGAUAAUCCCUCAAUUUAAACGUACAACGCUUUGAAUACAGAAUAGAAGGCAUUGUUUUGAAUAAUGAAACAACAGCUGUCAAAUGAGUCCACAAGGGGAACAAGUAAUGUACUGAAUGUGCCUUUAAAGUAUUUAAAUAAUACGUUAGAUACCAUAUCCUAGCCUCAUUUAUAAAACAAUUAUUGCACCUCUAGAUAAGGCCCUUGGAGAAAGGUCAUUUACAGGGCAUAAGUAUUUCAACAAAAUCAAAAGAUUCAUGAUUGCUUAAUCAUUACACAUCUUGAAUUCGCUGUAUGUUAUCGCUUAAACAUCACCAGUCAUAUUAAGCUGUUCAAUAAUACAAGCAAUGUGCUACAUGCAGGUUAAGAUCAUUUGAUCAGAUGUGGAUAAUUUCCCCCAUUUUGUCUGCAACUAUUUGCUUGUAUUGGGUUUAUGUGGUAAAAUGUAAAAAAUAAAAAAUAAAUGAUCAGGCUUCA